AUGAUUGAGACAGUGGAUAAUAGAGACGAACUUAUAAAAUAUUCCUUCGAUAUUUUGUGGAAAGCAACUGAUGGAAAAAUAAUUUUAGUUACCUUUAAAGAAAAUCCAUUAUUCACAGUUACAUUUAACUUGAAUGAUGGGACUUCCAAAACGUUAAAUUUAGAUGCUUCAAAGGUAGUCCUCAUUACCAGAGAAAACUUCAUAAAGAUUUUAAGAGAUAUCGAACAGAAUGAAAAGGAAAUUGCAAUCAAUGACGAUGAGGAACCUAGUAAUUCAUUAACAGAAAGAGGCAUUCAAGAAAGUGCACAAAAUUCUAGCUUCGAUGUUGAGGAAGAUAGUACUUUACAUCUUAUAUCCAUACCUUCAAGACUCAAAGAAAAAAAAAUCACUAAAAGAGAUGAGACGCAAGCUUUGGAAACUAAUACUCAGGAAUCGAGACAACAUGCUGACACUCUUUCAGAUGAAUAUUCUAAUACCGAUGAAGAAAAUGAUGAGUUGAAUUUUGAUGCAGCUUUAACUUUAAUGCAUGAGGCAAAAGAAACAAGUAAAUUUACUAACAGGCAUCAGUUUAAGAUAAAUUCGAAGUUUAAAGCUGCAAAGAAAGACGAACGAUUUAAUAAGAAUUCAUCAAGUAACAAAAAAGCAAAAGAACGAAUGGAAUACACUUCAUCAGAAUUGUCUGAUGCUGAUCCUGAUAAGUGUGAAUCAUUGAACACAAAUAUUGCUGUCGAAGAAUCGCAAGCAAGUGGUUGGCUUCAAAAUUCUAAUAAGAUGAUGAACCUUUUACAAACUUCAAAUGAUCUUGAAGAAAUUGAAUAUGAGCAUACUAAUACUAAUCAGAAACCGUCUGUUACCCAAAGCAACAAUCCUAGUAAGAAAACAAACCCUAACAUCAUUAAUGCUGAAACAAGCAUUGUAGAAAGCAAUAGAAAUAAUGUGCUUUCAAUUUCAUCAAUCAUUAACAAUCAACAAGAAAUAUCCACUUCAAAUAUUAAUGAACUAAAUCCAUCUGAUGAAUUAAUGGAUUAUCAGGUAAUGAAUCGACAAUUUCAAUGGUAA